AUUGCGCGUGCGCUAAACCGGACCCUGCGGGAAAACAACAGAAGUGAAGGGUGCGGUGUUGUCACUCGGGGACACCAGCAGACUUUGCUGGAGAAACUCACCAGGUCUGGCAGUAUCAGUGGAGCGAAAGCAGAGUUGAUGUUUCGAGGCUAGUGACCCUUCUUCAGAACUGUUCUGCUCACACCGAAGUUUCUCUUUCAGUGCCGAGGCCUGCCGUCAGUCAGUGGGAGAUUUCCCGGUUUGUGUUGAUGAUCAUCAGAAUCUGAGAAUGUGUGACACCCCAAUGGCUGACAAUUCAGACAGGGAAGAAGAUACCACAACUUCAGGAAUGAGAAAGGACACAGAUCACCAGAAUCUGAGAAUGUGUGACCCCUCAAUGGCUGAAUAUUCAAACAGAGAUCCAUACUUUACAAAUAUGAAGUUCUUGACAAGUUGGAAUGAUUACCAGCUGCUCAAGUUGACAAAAUUGUAUUGGGACAGAUUAGAACAAGCAAUUGAAGAAGACUUGGAUGAAAUCAGCUCACAGUUAACAUAUGAGAAGCAUUUGAGUGGACAAGAACAUCAGAAAGUCAUUGAACUCAUGGAGAAUGGAAACCGAGCAGACAGUUCCAAACUUCUCCUAAAUCUGGUGAUGGGGAAAGGCUCUGUGGCUCGAAAGAUGAUGUGGGAAUGCUUUGUGAAUAUGCGCCAUAGGUUACCGAAGUUGGAUAAAAUACUUAACGAAAUACAGGAACUUGGGCUCGAAGCAUUUGAGAAAAUGAACAUGGCCCAAGGUUUAUCUGAAGUCCCCAGCAACCUGAAAGCUGUUCAGCAGAAACACAAGGAGGCUCUUCAGAUACAAACUGAAACAAUGCUAGUAGCCCCAAUUCUAAUAAAGGAGAAGGUGAAGACAUUCCAGCUAGUUGAUCAAUACACUGAGCUAACGCUCAUUUCUGCUGUCCGAAACAGGACACUUGUAGAGCAUGAACUGCUAGCAAGAGGCCGAGACCAUGACGAGUGGAGAGAAAAACAUCUCCAGAGUGAACUGGAAAAAAUACGAAUUGAUCACUUGUUCCAGAGCAGUUUUUCCUGGGUAGGAUUUUUGUACCAGAAAGUAAAGAACUUAUUUUGGCAAUCCAGUUCAGGGAGUUCAGCAGUGGUGAGUGGAGUCCCAGGGAUUGGGAAAACGACAAUGGUGCAGAAGAUUGUUUAUGACUGGGCUGUUGGCAUAAUAUACCCACACUUUCAGUUUGUUUUCAGCUUUAAAUUCCGGGACUUAAACACUAUUAACGGCAGGAUUAACCUGAGGAAUCUGAUACUGGAUCAGUAUUCCUACUUCGGGAAUGUUCUGGGAGAGCUCUGGAAGAACCCAGAGGGUUUGCUGUUUAUAUUCGAUGGUUUGGAUGAAUUCAAGGACAGAAUCAAUUUUUCUGACAAUCAGAGAAGCACAAAACCUCAGUAUAUGUGCACAGAUCCUGAAUGCUGGUGUGAAGUGUCUGACAUUGUGUACAGUUUAAUCCAACACAAGCUGCUCCCAGGAUGUUCAGUGUUAGUAACUACUCGUCCCACCGCAUUGCACUUAUUGGAAAAGGCUGAGAUCAGUGUCUGGGCUGAAAUCAUGGGCUUUGUUGGUGAUGAGCGGAAGGAAUAUUUCAACAAUUAUUUUAAAGAUCAAAAUGUGGCUGCAGCUGUUUUCAGAUAUGUGAAGGAGAAUGAGAUCAUGUACACCAUGUGCUAUAACCCUUCGUACUGCUGGAUCCUUGCCCUGUCACUGGGUCCCUUCUUCACACAAAGAGACAGGAGACAGAAGCAUGUUCCCAAGACCAUCACCCAACUAUAUGCCUACUAUAUUUACAACAUUCUGGAAAACCAUGGCCGAGAGAUUGAAAACCCCCGUGAUGUGUUACUGAAGCUUGGUGAGAUGGCCUUCACAGGAGUUUCUGAGAAGAAGAUUGUGUUUACAAAUGAAGACUUGAUCCAGUACAAUCUGCAACCCUCCCAGUUCCUGUCUGGGUUCCUGAUGGAACUGUUGGAGAGACAUGAUUCUGUUCACAGUGUAGUUUAUACAUUCCCACACCUCACCAUCCAAGAAUUCGUAGCUGCACUUGCACAGUUCCUUACUUCAAAUUCUGGGGACAUGCAAAAAAUUCUCAGUGAUGCACACAGAAUGGAAGAUGGGCGGUUUGAGAUAUAUCUUCGUUUUGUUAUUGGCCUUUCUUCUCCUCAGUCAGCCAAGCCCCUGACAAAGGUUCUUGGUCCAUUUUGUUGCAAGAUAAUCUGUCAAGUGAUUGAUUGGGUGAAAGAGGUGAUUGGGGAACAGAUUAGAAACUCAGCAAGUAAACUUGACCAAAGAAACCUCUUGAACACAUUGCACUACAUGUUUGAGUCUCAGAAUAAGAAACUGCUGCAGGAAAUUAUGGAAUCUGCAGAAAAACUUAAAUUGUGUGAUUUGAGACUGACACCGGUUGACUAUCUGGUCCUGUCUCAUGUCAUUGAUUCCUGUGAUUCAAUAAGACACCUCGACAUGCAGAAUUGUUAUAUCCAGUAUGAAGGACUGCAGCGGCUGAAUCCCGUACUCCACAAAUGUCGUGUGUUGAGAUUAAGUUUUAAUGAAUUUGGAGAUUCAGGAGUGAAAUUACUCUCUGCAGCUCUGAGGAAUCCUGACUGUAAAAUAGAAGAACUGAGCCUGGAGGAAAACAACCUGACGGAUUCUUGUGCUGGAGAUCUUGCCUUUGCACUCAACGUGAACAGGUCGCUGACUGUGCUGUAUCUGGGUAAUAACAAACUGGGAGAUUCUGGAUUGAAAUUACUGUCUGUAGCUCUGAGGAACCCUAACUGUAAAAUACAGAAAUUGCACUUGGCUGAUGACGGUCUCUCAGCUUCUUGUGUCGAGGACCUCAUCUCUGUUCUCAGUACAAACCAGUCACUGACAAGUUUGGACAUGAGUAAUAACAAGCUGAAUGAUUCAGGAGUGAAACUGUUGUCUGCAGCUUUGAGGAACCCAGACUGUAUAAUACACGAAUUGAUACUGAAAGAAGUUGGUCUCACAACCUCUUGUGCCGACGAUCUAGCUUCAACUCUCAGUGCAAGCCCGGCACUGACCAUUCUAAACCUGGGUUAUAAUAAACUGGGGGAUUCAGGAGUAAAAGCACUGUCUGAAGUUCUGGGCAAUCCCAACUGUAAAGUACAGAAAUUGCGCCUCUCGGAAAAUGGGAUCUCAGCUUCAAGUAUGAAGGAUCUAGCCUGUGCUCUCAGUUCAAACUGUUCACUGAUCGAGUUGGAUCUGGGCCAUAAUAAAUUAUGUGAUUCAGGAGUGAAGCUUCUGUCUGCAGCUCUGGGGAAGUCAAAAUGCAAAAUUCAGAAACUGCGGCUGGAUGAUAACCGUCUCUCAGAUUCUUGUACUGGCGAUCUUGCAUCUGCCCUUAAUUCAAACUGCACACUGACAGAGCUGAAUCUGGAGUACAACUCUUUCACUGAUAAAUCAGUCCCUGCACUCUGCCGCAUCAUAAUAAACUGCACUGGACUAGCACGGAUCGAACUGUGGGAGAAUAAAUUCAGUUCAAAUGGAAAAAAUCAACUUCAGUCACUCCAGGGUACAAGACGUGGACUCAAUGUGGUGUUGUCAGCACGUUAAUUACCCAUGUCACAUAAAUUUUGUUUGAUUCUCUGUCCCUCAACUAUAGUCACCCAGUGCUCAAAGUUGGAAUAAAAACUGAAAGAACUGUGGAUGUUGUAAAUCAGGAACAAACGCAAAGUUGCUAGAAAAGCUCACCAGGCCUGGCAGCAUCUGUGAUGGGAAAAACAGAAUUAACAUUUCGGGUCCUGUGACCCUUCCUAAGAACUGUUCUGAGGAAAGGUCACCAGACCCGAAACGUUAACUAUUUUUUUUUACCUUCACAUAUGCUGCCAGACCUGCUGAGCUUUUCUAGCAACUUUGUUUUUGCAAGCUGGAACCCUGUUGGCCAUUCCCAGCUUGAGCUGAGUGAGCGUCACCACCCACUGAGAGAACAGAGGCCCAGCCACAGAGUCGCAAGACUCAGGGGCCUGACCCCACAAUGCUGUAUUUGCAGCAUAUGGAGUUAUAGAGUCAUAGAGAUGCACAGCACAGAAAUUGACCCUUUGGUCGAACUUGUCUAUGCUGAACAAAUAUUCUAAAUUAAUCUCAUCUCUUUAGCAAGCAUCAGGCCCAUAUCCUUGUAAACCUUCCUUUAGUAUACCCAUCCAGAUGCCUUUUAAAUGUUGUAAUUAUACCAGCCUUCGCUACCUCCUUUGGCGUCUCAUUCCAACACGCACCAUCCUCUGCCCCUUAGGUCCCUUUUUAAAUCUUUCCCCUUUCACCUCAAACUUAUGCCUUCUAGUUUUGGACUCCCCUACCCAUACCCCACAUGAUUUUAUGAACUUCUGUAAAGUCACCCCUCAGCCUCCGACACUCCAGGGAAAAUAGCCCCAGCCUUUUCACCAUCUCCCUCUAGCCUCCAACCCUGGCAAAAUCCUACUCCAUCUCUUCUGAACACUUUCAAGUUUCACAAUAUCCUUCCUAGAGCACAGAGACCAGAAUUGAACGUAGCAUUUCAAAAGUGGCCUAACCUAUGUCCUAUACAACCACAACAUGACCUCCCAACUUCUAUACUCAGUGCACUGACCAAUUAAGGCAAGGUUACCAAAUACUGCCUUCACACGCUGUUUACUUGUGACUCCACUUUUAAGGAACUAUGAACCUGUACCUGAGGUCUCCUUUUUUGGCAACCCUCCCCAGGACUUUGCCGUUAAGUGUAUAAAUCCUGCCCUGAUUUUCCUUGCCAACAUGGACCACCUCACAUUUAUCUAAAUUAAACUCUAUCUACCAGUCUUCGGUGCAUUUGCCUGUCAGAUCCAGGUCCCAUUGUACUCAGAGGUAACCUUUGUUGUCCACUAUGCCACCAAUCUUUGUGUCAUCUGCAAAUCUACUCACCUUUUCUCCUAUAUUCAAAUCCAAAUCACUAUAUAAUAACAAGAACCAGUGGACACAGCACCAAUUGUUGUGCCACACUGCUGGUCACAGGCGUCCAGUCUGAAAAGCAAGCCUCCAACACCACCCUCUGCCCCCUACCUUUGAGCCAAUUUUGUAUCCAAAUGACAAGUUCUUCCUGUAUUCCUUGUGAUCUAACCUUGCUGACCAGUCUAUCAUGCGGAACCUUGUCAAAUGCCUUACUGAAGUCCAUACAGACAGCGUCCACUGCUCUGCCUUCAUCAGUCUUCUUUGUCACUUCUUCAAAAAACUGAAUCAAGUUAGUAAGACACAAUUUCCCACCGACAAAGCCAUGUUGAUUAUCCCUAAUCAGUCCCUGCCUCUCCAAAUACAUGUAAAUCCUGUCCCUCAGAAUCCGUUCCCCUAACGACUUACCCAUCAAUCUGUAGUUUCCUGGCUUUUCCUUUCAACCUUUCUAAAAUGAUGGCACCACAUUAGCUAACCUCAGUCUUCCAGCACCUCACCCGUGGCUAUCGAUGAUACAAAUGUUUCCACAAGAGCCCAGCAGCCUCUUCCCUAGCUUCCCACAAGGUUCUAGGGUAUCUCUGGUCAGGUCCAAGAGAUUUAACCACCUUUAUGCAUUUUAAGACACUGAGCACCACCAGUUCUGUAACAUGGACACUUUUCAAGCUAUCACUAUUUAUUUCCCCAAAUUCUGUAUCUACCAUCUCCUCUCCACAGUAAACAUUGGUGUGAAAUACCCAUUUAAUGUCUCACCCAUCUCCUGCGGUCCCACAAAUUGAUGAUCUCUUAAGAGGCCUUUUUGAGCUUUAAGAGACAUCAUUCUCUCCCUACUUAUUCUUUUGUCCUUGGUGUAUUUAUAGAAUCCCUUUAGAUUCUCCUUAGCAAUAUUUUCCAAAGCUUUUUCAUCUCCCCCUUUUGUCCUCCUGAUUUUCCCUUUUGAGUAUUUGUGAAAUCAAUCUGGACAAAAUGCUGAAAAUUGGAGAUAACAAAAAGUGUGGAGCUGGAUGAACACAGUAGGCAAAGCAGCAUCUUAGGAGCACAAAAGCUGACAUUUUGGGCCUAGACUCUUCAUCUGAAAUUUUUCUGCAGCUCCCAUUAUCUUUGAUACAAUUUUAACCUCACUGCAAAGCCUCUUCCAGGGAUGCCUAACCUGAAGAAGUUACGCUCCUCCCUCCGGACUAACCUCAGGGGCUCUCUCUCCCACUGCAAUUCUCUUGUAAUCUCUUCGGCCUCUUUCUGAUGAAGGGUCUAGGCCCGAAACGUCAGCUUUUGUGCUCCUAAAAUUCUGCUUGGCCUGCUGUGUUCAUCCAGCUCCACACUUUGUUAUCUCGGAUUCUCCAACAAUCUGCAGUUCCCAUUAUCUCUGAUACAAAAUGCUCAACUCUGUUGCCCUGGCAUUCCAUAAUAAAUUUAAUUCUAAUGAACCAUGAACACAGGCCUAUAGGACUGGAACAUUUUUUUCAUCACAUGGGGAACUGAGGGAUAUGGUGAACCGGCAGGAAAGUAGAGUUGAUAAUGAAGGUUCUCAAACCUAUUGAAUGGCAGAGGAAGCUUGUGUUAUUUGAGGUCUUUAGGUUAUGAAUUAAUUUACCCAGGUAUCCCAUAAUGCCAGAACAAUCAAUCACUACAGACACAAGUCUGUACAAAUACAACUGUUGCAACUUUGAUCAUGAACAAGUGAUAGUAAGACUGUAAUAUUAGCAAUGCUGUUCCUAAUUGUGCUCAACCCCCUUAGUUGUUACAGUACUUCCCAGAGUCUGUUGUAAGUUUAGUCGAGUUUGUGAAGUCAUUGUGCUCUCACUGACUCUGGACGGUUAGUUAGUCAUCCAAGCCUCAUUACAUAAAACAUAAAGCAUAGAACAGUACAGGCCCUUCGGUCCAUGAUGUUGUGCUGACCUAUUAUCCUACUAAGAUCAAUCUACCCUGCAUACCCUACGUUAUACUGUCCUCCAUUUUCCCAUCCAAGAGUUGCUUAAAAGUCUCUAAAGUAUCCGAUUCCGUUAACCACUGCCGGCAGCACAUUCCACAUGCCAAACACUCUGUGUGAAGAACCUACCUCCGACAUUUCCCCUAUAUCUUCGUCCAGUCACCCUAAAAUUCUGCCCCCUCAUAAUAGUCAUUUCCACCCUGGGAAAAAGUCUCUGACUAUCCACUCCAUGCCUCUCAUUGCUUCCCAAUGGGGUGAGGCAUGUGCAUGCACACCAGUGUGAACCCAAUCUGGGCUGUGAUGGGACACUGACAAUUACACCCAGGCUCCUGGUCCCUUUCUCCCUCUCUGCUUUUUUGAAAAAUAAUCCAUUGCUGAUGUAAAAAACCAACCUUAUGCUUGUCAGCUUCACGCUCGUCAACUUCACAGCAUUGACCAGUUUCGUUCACGAAGUUACUCACGAAUGGUACACCUUCUCAUUCAAGUGUAUCUCAAUGAGAAGAGCUUUGAAAUGUCUCCUUAAAGCCUGGUCUUAAGUCUUAGUGCCAAUUUUAGGCCCUCUGUGACUCAUUCCUCACACCCCUCAUUCUCCAUCACCUUAUCAUGCCCCAUCCAUGCUCCCAAACAACUCCUUCAGCCAACCAUAUCUUCCGUAACCAUAAGAGCUUAAGACAUAGGAGUGGAAGUAAGGCCAUUCGGCCCAUCAAGUCCACUCCGCCAUUAAAUCAUGGCUGAUGGGCAUUUCAACUCCAAUUCUCCCCGUAGCCCUUGAUUCCUUGUGAGAUCAAGAAUUUGUCGAUCUCUGCCUUGAAGGCAUCCAACGUCCUGGCCUCCACUGCACUCCGUGGCAAUGAAUUCCACAAGCCCACCACUCUCUGGCUGAAGAAAUGUCGUUUCAUUUCAGUCUUAAAUUUACCCCCUCUAAUUUUAAGGCUGUGCCCACGGGCCCUCGUCUCCCCGCCUAAUGGAAACAACUUCCUAGCCUCCACCCCUUCUAAGCCAUACAUUAUCUUGUAAGUUUCUGUUAGAUCUCCCCUCAACCUUCUAAACUCUAACAACAUACAUCCCUCUGUUCCACCCCCAUGGCCUCCAGUAGCCCCUCAGCCAUCUUUGUGUCAAAUUAAUGGAGCUCACUCACCACCCUUGUCCCUCAGGAUCUCAUAUGUUUCAGUAAGAUAAUUUUGAUUCAGCUAAAUUUCAGUGAGUUUAGGAAGAACCUCCCAAAUGUUUAUUAGUGUCUGUAAAUGUCUUUGUCUAACAUUUAACAGUCCCCAGCAGAGGGUGAUCAUGCUGUGACUGAGUGUGAGGGAGUGAUAUUCAGAGGGUCCAGCAGAGGGAGAUAACUGUCAGUGGUGUGUGGGCAGUCAUUGGCACUGUCCUGAGUUUAAAAAUCGCUCACACAAUUUGUGUCAAGCAGCUCCUUCCCAGCAUUGACCAAAUGAACUGUUGACAAAAAAAUGGAACAAUCUUGUAAUAUCCCUUGAUAUGUUGCUGGGAAGAAGAAAAUUUGUUUCUUAAUCUUGUCUUCAACUCUAUCAUGCACUUCUGACCAAUUUUGUAAUACACUUAUAUUUGUUUGUAUAAUAGUCUAAUGUUAAAUUGUAAAUACAUUGUUCAAUUAUAUAAUGUAUUUAUCAUCAUUUGUAUAUAUCUCAAGCUUAUUAAAAUUCCAGCCUUGGCAUGUUUGUUUUAUGUUUUA